AUGAAUAAUAUUAAAUAAAUAAUAGAAGCAAUUAAAAAAUGUAAAGAUUCUUUAAUAUUAAAAGAAGACAUCUAAAAGUUAAAUGAAUAUAAACCUUCUCCUGAAUAGGAGUGCGGCUGUUAGAAAAUGAAAUUAAUACAUUUGGCAGCUUCUUAAUCUAAAGUUGAAAGUUUACAAUAUUUUGUUGAAAAUUUUUAAAAUUUAGAAAUCACAGACUCUGUAUUUAUAAAAAUUAAUUGAAAUUAGAUAGGAAGAACUCCAUUACAUUAUGCGAUUAACUAUGGAUUAAUAGAUAAUGCUAAAUUAUUGAUAUAAAAAGGAGCAAACAUAGAAGCUUAAACUUUAGGAGGUGAUACUCCUUUGAUAAAAUCUGCAUUAUUAAAAAGAAAAGAAUGCUAUUAAUAUUUAAUAAGUAAAGGGGCAAAUAAAUAACAUCAAAAUUUAAUUGGUCAAAGUGCUGAAUAAAUAUAAUAGUAUAAUUGAAUAACUAAUGAG